GCGUUUUAUCGGCUUGGGCUUUUUGUGCCCUGUUGCUUUCCGUAUGACGUUUCGGUGGGCUGGUCCGUCAUGGCUGCCAAGGUUUUGAAGCUGUCGGCAAUCCCAGCUGCACUUGGAUUAGCGUCUUUUCGGAUUUACGAGUUAAAUAAAGAAAAGACAGAAGGACAUGUCAAUUCUCGGGAGCUGUCCAUCUACACACCAAGGUCCCAACCGUACCACUUUGUGGAGGAUCAGCCUGGAAGCGUGGAGAAAGGGCUACAUACCGUAAGGGUUGGACUGCAGCCCUUUGCACAGGCUGUGAAGGAUACCUGCAUUUCAUUCAAAAUAGGAGCUGUUAACCUGUACUAUGCAGGAGAAGAUAUUUACCACUACCUUAAAGACCCUCCUCCUGGAUUUUUGCCCCGAGUGAGUUUAAUUACAGUUUCUGGACUAGCUGGAUUGGUCCUGGCAAGAAAAGGGUCACGCGCGAAGAGGAUCGCCAUGUCACUGGGCUUGGCCACUUUGGGUACAGCCGUGUGCUACCCGGGCCAGACAGUCAAGGUUCUGAAGAUCACUGGGAGGAAGACGUACGCAGGCACGCAGUGGGCGGUGUCCACGGCCGCCUCGCUCUGGAAGGCCAGUCCAGCCAAAACUCAGCUCGUCGGGGUUCAGCCGGUGUCCGAGGCACCCUCUACAGAGCUCACACCUGAGACCCCGCCUCCCCAGGAGACUCACUCUCUCCCCACCCCCCUGGAGGAGUCUGUCCCCCAGCUGACCCCUGAGCCCAAUUGGGACCGGCCUCCACACCCUGCAGAGGACAGCCCCCCUGUGGAGGGUCUGGCUUCUGUACCUCCCACUCCUCAGAAGUUAGAUUUACCAGAAGCAGCAGGACUGGCACUGAAUUCUGAUGCCCCCGCAGGACACCGUAGAUCGUUGAAGAUCUGCGUGGACGGACUGGUUCAGACGGUCAAGUGCAGGUAUAAAUUCACAGGUCUCGAGUGA